UUGUGUUGUGAUGUUGAAGUGGAGAAGAUGUUGAUUUAUUCCAAUUACAGCAAAAUAAUGAGCAAUAUUGCCUUUAUUUGACUGAAACACUGUUUUAGAAUAAAAUGGAAUCAGAAAUAAUGGUAGAGGCGUUGCCUCUGCUGGGAAUAUGCAAUUUAUGUUUAAACGAAGGUGUCGUCAAGAGUAUGUUGGUCACACAAAGUUUUCAAGGCAACUAUCAAACGUAUAUAGAAAUGCUCUUCAGAUGUUUUUCUAUAGACGUGUUAUUGCUACCGCUCGGUGAUACAAAGAGGCUGAUCUGCGACCUGUGCAUUGGGAAGCUGCAAGACUCAUUGUCAUUCAAGGAACAGGUUGAAGCUGCUCUGGAAAAUUUGCAGACCAUUGUUCAAACUCAAAAGAUCAUUAAGCAGGAUGUGUCUCAGACGGAAGUGAAGAAGGAGUCCUCAGCCGACGAGGCUGAUAAUGAGCUGGACGGCCAUUUCUGCGAAGAGGAUGAUAUGGCCCUGACAGAGUUCAAAAUCAAAGUGGAGCCUAAAGAGGAGGUGAAGAAAGCCAAGAGGUCAGUGACCAAGUCCAAAAUGAAGUACUCAAUCAAGAAAUCAGACUUACACGACACCGACGCCAUGAUACAAUCCGGAUUGUUCCCGUUCAAAAUCAAGAAGAACGGAGCCUUCUCAUGCGCGGUGUGCCCAGAGAUAUCAACGAAUUUAGACGACAUAAGAAAACAUAUAGGCCAACACAACCGCACCAACAUACAUGUAGCAUUCAAGAAGAUGAUGUUUUCAAACGCGCAGAGAUUUUACAGGUACGAGAACAAAUUGCGGUGCAAGAUCUGCACAAUUGAUAUUUGCAACUACGAAGACUUAAAACAACAUUUGGAGAAUUGCAGCCAGUUGAAUUAUAAUAAGAAAUGGAAUAAUCUGCCGUUCAAACUCGAGAAAGACCAGCUGGACUGUCCGAUUUGCAAGAAAACAUUUCUUAACUAUGUCAAUUUGAACACACACAUGAACGUUCAUUAUCCGAAUUAUAUAUGUGAGAAUUGUGGCAAAGCGUUCGCUUCGAAAGCCCGUUUGAGGGGGCACAUGAGGACGCACGAGGUUGGUACGUUCCCGUGUAGACAUUGCGACGCUGUCUUCGACAGAGUCACGAAGAGAGAGAAUCACGUGUCUAAAGAACAUAAGUCCGGGGUGCGUUAUGCUUGUAAGAGAUGUAACAUAUCACUCACGUCGUUCUACGCCAGACAGAAGCAUCUAGCCGAAGUGCACAAUGAAGAACUUAAACGGUACAAGUGCAAAGCUUGUACGCAGAGCUACAUCACACCGGGACACUUGUCGAGUCAUGUGAGAAGAGACCAUUUACACGAGCGGAAUCAUAAGUGUGAUAAGUGCGAUUUAGCGUUUUACACUAAGAAUGCUUUGAAAAUGCAUAUGAUUAAACACGAUGGGGAACGAAUACACUCCUGUCCGAUAUGUCAGAAGUCUUACCAGCGAAAGAAGACGUUGAGAGAACAUAUGAGAAUACAUAACAAUGAUAAAAGGUUUGUCUGUCCCGUUUGUGGCAGAGCGUUCACCCAAAAAUGUACUUUGAAGGGACACCUUAAGGUUCACGAUAGAAAGCUAGAUUUGGAUGAGAGGAUCAUUCAGCCUUUACAUUCUAUAUAAGUGUGUGUUUGUUAAGUGUAUAGGUUAAUAUAUUAAGGAGAGUAUUUUAAGAGAGAGUGUCAUUUUGUUGCACCAUUUAAAAGGUUCAAAUUCUAUAGUCUUUUUCUCAUACGACCACGGGUUCAUCAAUUUGCUAUGUAAACCGGGUUUUGUGAGGAGCUUCAGCCCCGUGGCAAUUUCCAGAAAAAAAAUUAGGUCUAUUUUAUCUUUGUUCCAAAUUUCAUCAAAAUUUGAAGAAAUAUCACUUUCAAAGAAGCGUAUUUGUAAUAAAUUAUUGUUUUGUAAUAAAUUAAUUUCAAAAUUAAUAAUUUCAAAAUUAGUAAUGUCAUAUUUAUGUCAUGUAUGUUUCAUUUCUCUGUUUAUUUUAAAAUAUUCUAUUGUUAGUAAAUUUUAUUUGUAUCAUUGCCUAAAUGGCUAUUUUUACGGUUUGUGCAAUAAUAUACAAGGAGAGUGGAUGGAAAGGAAUAUACCUUGAUCAAAUUAAGGACGUACUGACAACAGGUCAGGUCAAGAGUACCCGAAACCGCCAAGCUUGCAUGGAGAGUUAUGAAUGUGGAUGAAGCGAAAGAAGUAUGCAGAGAUCGUAGCAAGAGGAAAGAUGUAGUCUCUGCCUACCCCUCCGGGAAUAAGGCAAGAUUUUAUGUAUGUAUUUUGUGCAAUAAAGACAAAAUCUUCCAUUUUUUAAAUGCAAUAAAGUUAUUUGAAGUA